AUGGUCAGGUACGCAAGCCCCGUAGAACGCAUCUGAAAACUAUUGUCUGAAAAUGAACCGACUCCUGUGACAAGGUCCGACGAGCCUGCCUUUGGGGGUUCUGUGGACUCUGCGACGGUCGAAAUGUUCCUGUAUGGUCGAAAUUUGGAGGACGCUCGUAUUUGGAAACUGUAUAGCGCGGGGAAGGCGAAAGACACGUUUCUGAAGGAGCUAGAAGCUGGCCUUCUGAAUACUCUGGUUCCAAGAGCUAAGGCUCCAGCAGGUAGACUGCUGCUGUACAUAACCUAGUAUGGUUCUCGUCGACAUUUAUGCAGGCCGAAGGCUGGUCAUGUUGGAUGACGCCCUUGAUUGGUUUGGCCGCAAUAAGAAAAUAUUCAAUGUCGUGGCAGGUAUUAAUCGAAUCCACACAUUCAUCCCACGCGCACACGUGUAUGCGCGGCAUAUUGCAAUAGACAUGAAUUUUUUCUCCUUUUCUCUUUGUGUCUCGCCAAGGGGAGUAUGUCGAGAAACAAUUCGCAAGCGUCAUGAACGACUUGAAGAAGCCCUUCGAUGCAGCCACCGAACUGCUGAAAUGGCAAUCACUGGACAAAUUCUUCGACGACGCAGAAAAGAUGACGGACUCGCUCAACAAUCCAACCUUGCAAAAGGCAAAAGAGAUAUUAGUCAAUUUCGAAGGUCUCCACAAAGACCUGGGCGACGUGAUCGAGAACCAGCUCUAUCAAGGGAAAAUGGCUCAGAAGCUAUUAAAUGGACUUCAGGAGAUUGCUAAUACCUUCCAGGACGGAUUGACGGAUGCAGAAGGCAUCUUGAAUCACGUCAAAGCUAAGCUGGUUGAGUAUGCCGAUACUGAGAUCAAUGUAAGCACCAUGGGGGAGCCUUCUGUGCAUCAAUCUUUUUUUCUUGCUGCUUUUACCGUCAGGACGUCAUCUUGAAGCUAGGAGUGCAGCAGGACCUCAUGAUGGUACGAGAGUUCCAAAGUGGACUGAGAGAGCUCCUGAACGAUCAAGACACCCUUCUAGGGAGCUUUCAGGAGCUCGCUGGCCUGUCUGCCCUGGAUGACGGCCUCGUUGGUUUCCUGCAUGGUGCAUUCAACGGACAGCUCACGCCAGUACAGCAGCUGGAGGCAAUCAAGGAUGACAAGAGGAUCAUGCUCAUUGAAGGACAGCAAUCGUGGCGAGAUGAUGUUCACGAUUUUUCGAAAGGUACAGCGUCGAAGGGUAAGCUGAGAGGAAGCGCAAGAAGGCUUUCCUUUUUUCAGGAGUUGACCUUGCAAUAAACAUCGCUUCGAGCCUAGGUGUGGACUCUGGAUUGCUGGAUGAUGUGAGCAAAGUCUCCUCUUUUGCAACGUGAGAGACGCUUCAACGUCAGCCUGUUCAAUUGCUGAUGCGGGAUUUUGCGUGUCGCGUCAUCAGGCAAGCUGCGAUGGCCUUUCUUCCAUCUAAUGUAGUGGGGAUGAUACAGCUCGGCUUCUCUGCUAUCGGGUCAAUUUUUGGCAUAAAGAAGAAGAAGAGAGGCCCUAGUGCAGCUGCUUUGAGACACCACCAAGUCAUGCAGGCACUCCAGCAAAUUCGGGAAGGACAGAAGAUCAUUUUGGAUGCAACAAUGGAGGGCCAGCAGGAAAUCAAAGAGCUCAUUGUCGAGGGCGUCUCAAAGCUCAUGGAGGGGCAGAAGCAACUGAUGACAAACCAAGAAACACUGUAUGCACGAGCAUUAAAGAAAUCCUCUCCUUUAAUCGUCAAUCCUUUUGUCGAUACAGAUACCAAACCACAAUGAAUUUGGCGAAGGACCUCAACGAAAAACACCUUGAGGUGAUCGAGCGCUUCGACGACCUUGACAUCAAGCUUUGGCAGGUGGCGGCAGUCGUGAAGGAGCUAAGAUUUGAUGAGAUCGGUCACUGUCGCAAUCUGGAGGUCGCCCUGCUGAAGGAGGAGGCCUUGCACGAUGGAUACUUCACAAAUUAUGCAGACCUCGUAUACUUCGUCAACGUAACACACACACACACACACACACACACAGAGAGAGAGAGAGACAGGGACGUGCGUUCACACAAAUGACAAUCAUUCAUGUAUCGGAUGCACAUGAUGUGCUAUGCUGCGCCAACAUAGAGAGAGAAAGUGAGCUACGACAAAUGCUAUGCACGUGUGAGGAUGCGACAAGACACGUGUAAUAGAUCUUACAUCAUACACAGGUGGUCAAUGUGCGUAUGUGUGUGUGUAUCACAGGAUUGACCUCCUUUCUCGGGCUCUCGGGAGAAAUCGGGAAUUCUUGGACACACUUCGGAACUGGUCGCUCAGAAGAGAGAGUGUGCAUAAGCAUAUUUCAUGAUGUGCUCGCGUGGGCAUUUUUGCAGAGGACACAACACUCGACUCAUUCUGGCAGGAUCGCUACAAUGAGCUUCUAGACUGGCUCAAAGCGAAUGUGCCAGAUAAAGCCGAAUGGAAGUCCCUGGCCCUUCCUGAGCACACCUUUGAUGCGCUCGACGCCAAGCUUCAGGACGACCCCAGCAACCUCCAGUUGGGGCCGCACUGGUGUGAGAAAUCGUGCUAUGUCACCGCAUCAUUCGAUCAGAGGCUGGACGUGCUUGUAUCCGCCAAGCUAGUGCUGGAGCUCUUGAGUCCUCUCCCCAAGCUUACCCAAGUCAUCAACGUCCAGUUUGGCGACUCGGUGCGCCCAGAAGAGGAGCUUGAGAGAAUGGAGGAGGAACCCAAAUCCCUCCUUCGUCUCGAAAAUGCCCUUCUUCUUUCUGAGAUCGCUAUUGCCCAGCAUAACCUCAUCAGCGGUGAUCUGCUUCUGCCUCUAUUCUAUGAAGAGCUGAAGGAUGAUGCCAGCGACAUCUCGGAGAAGUCGACAAUUGUGGGCUUCCUUGAAAGGAAUCCGUGGCUGCGGACGAAUUUCCUUCGCUACAUGGUCCGGGAGGAGCUCAACCUCACAAGUUGCAGCUUGACUGUAUAUCAUGUGGCUCUGGGAAGCGAUUACUUGUUGGAAAAAGUGGUUCCCUUCUCGUCGAACAACAGCUAUACGAAUGGAGAUGUCUCCCUUGGCGUCGGAGCGGCUGGCCUCGCCAUGCCUCCCACCGAGGAAAUCCAGGCAAACCGAGUGUUGCAUACCAUGCAGAUGGACCAGGUAAGUAAGGAUUGAGAUUUGGAUUUUUGAGCUUCGUAUUCCUUCGCACUUUACGUCGGUACCUCGUAUUAUCUUCCAGCUGCUUGUCCUGCGGUACAAUCUGCUUGAUAAGAUCGCCGACUACGAGAGCGAAAAGAACGAUCCUGUCGAAGCACACGCCAUAGUGGCGGACACGGCCUCCACAAUCGCCUACAGGCGCCAAGCCACUGAGGAGCUGGAUGGCGUCAUCGAUCUGCUCGUCGUAGAGCCAGGAGACGAAGAGUAUAUCACAUCUCCGCCAUGGCAGGGAAGCAGGCCUCCUGCGAUUACUGUCGAUCUCCCAAGUGAAGCCCCUGCUACCACCACUGAAGUCCCUACUGAGACACCUACCAAGGAAAACGACCUUUCUGAUUCACUGGCCGACGGGCACAUCACAAUCGACAGAGCCAACACGGACGACCAGGAGGAUCCGACAACUGUAUGUCACAUGCCAUCCGCCACGAAGGUGUCUUGCAUUGCAGCCGACUAUCCCAAGCGUAUCACCUUGGCAGAAGACAGCCCGAUCACUGAUGUUGAGGGCACCAGCCAUAACGAUGUCAUCAGGGGCAACGCGAAAGAUAACAAGCUGACAGGUUGA